AGCGCUUCAGAUCCCAAGGCGUGAGGGCCGGCGGGCGGGCUUGAGGCGAGGCCCUCCGCGAUGAGGAGCGGUCCGGGAAGAGCUGUCAUGGUGGGGAGUGAAGAAGGGCAGAAGCGGGGCCCGUGGCAGAGGCCACUAGUUCUGCGGGGUAGGAUGAGGCUUCAGAGAGAUCACAGUACUGGUCAGCCCGCUGAAAUUGGACACUAUGUUUCUGUUUGUGAGGCCUUGCAGCUCCAGCCAGGCGACAGGAACUGUCUCGUUGCCCGUUCAAAAUGCUACCUGAGACUUGGAGAUACAGAAAAUUCCCUGAAGGAUGCAGAAGCCUCCCUGGUAUCGGAUAAAGAGUUUACCAAGGGACUAUACCAAAAAGCAGAGGCCUUGUACACCAUGGGAGACUUUGAAUUUGCCUUGGUCUUUUACCAUCGAGGUUACAAGCUCCGCCCAGAGUUGCAGAAAUUCAGACUGGGCAUUCAGAAAUCUCAGGAGGCGAUAGAAAAUUCUGUUGGAAGCCCUUCUUCCGUGAAACUAGAGAAUAGAGAGGACCUCUGUUUUCUGAGUCGCCAGGCAGAGAGUAAAAGAGCAAAACAGAAGCUUCAGGUCAAAUUUCCCAAAAAGGAUGCAAAGUACCUAAGUAAACAACAGGAGCCUGUGAGGAAUGAGAAGACAGAACGCCAGCUUCUUGGGGAGCUCUAUGUUGACAAGGCUUUUCUGGAGAAAUUGCUAAAAGAUGAAGACUUGAUCAAAAGCACUACAAAGCAAGGAGUAACUGUUGGAGACUUGAUCCAGGAAGGACUCUCCUAUUUGGACACUCGCACAGACUUCUGGCAGCAGCAGAAACCUAUUUAUGCCCGGAUCAGAGAUCGCAAGCUCAUGCUGAAGAGAUGGACCCGCGAUCAAAAGCGGAAGCCCUCUGAAGUGGCCAGAUACAUCCUAAAGAGCAUGGAGGACAUUGAUAUGUUGCUGACCAGUGGCUGUCCUGAAAGAAGCUGCCAGAAAGCUGAGCAUGUGCUGAAAAAGAUCCAAGGCUGGUCUGAUGACGAGAUCCCCAACAGGAGUGAGCUGGUUGGAAAUCUCUACAGUUGCAUUGGAAAUGCUCAGAUUGAGAUGGGGAACAUGGGUGCAGCUUUGCAGAGCCACCGGGUGGAUCUGGAUAUUGCCAGAGAAAGCAACUUGACUGAUGCCGUCUCCAGAGCCCUUGAUAAUAUUGGCCGAGUGUAUGCCCGCAUGGGCAGCUUCCAGGAAGCCAUUGAAACCUGGGAAGAGAAGAUUCCACUGGUGAAGAGCAAUCUAGAGAAGACUUGGUUGUUCCAUGAAAUUGGCAGAUGCUACCUAGAGCUCGAAAAAGCACCCGAGGCUCGAGACUACGGUGAAAAGUCCUUGCAGUGUGCAGAGGAGGAGGGAGACAUUGAGUGGCAGCUCAACGGCAGCGUGUUGGUGGCACAAGCACAAGUGAAACUAGAGGAUUUCCAGUCAGCGGUCACAUACUUCGAAAAGGCUCUGGAAAAGGCAAAACGCAUCCAUAAUGAUGCAGCUCAGCAAGCAAUCAUCAUUGCCCUGGAUGAAGCCAACAAAGGGUUCAUCAAAGAGUUGAAAGAAGAACAGAGAUGUGAGAGGAUGCGUGAAUUGAGAGAGUUUGAAGAGGAGGAGGAAGAAGAAGAGGAGGAGGAGGAAGAAGAAGAAGAGAGAGAGAGAGAAAAGGAUACAGAUGUUGCAAAAAUAGCAGAGGUCACAGUAGAAGCAAACAAAAGGGAAGAAUCUGAGAAAUUUGAAUCUGAAGGAGAGAAACUGGUAUCAGGCGAAGAGGGAGGAGAGACACUUGCUUCUGAGAAUGGGGAAAUGCAAGAGAUGGAGGGAGGACAGACACAAGGAGAAACUGAGGAGGAAAGAGUUACACAAGGAGAAACUGGGGGAGAAACUCGGAGAAUAGAAGAAGAGGAUGACACAGAAAACCAGAGCGAGGACAUUCCAGGAUAAGGCCUGUGAAAGUUUUAAAGCCUGGAAUUGUCUUUGCCAUGGUCAUCCAUUUUGCUUCACAAUAUUUUAUCCCCAAGUCACUCCUGGUGCCUUACAGGGCAUUCCAAAAGAACCAUGUUGCUUCUGAAUAUUUUAAGGGCGUUCCAAGAAGAUAGGAAAUGUUGUAAUUUCAUGCAAAGCACUCCAAAAGUCCACUAUUGGUUUUUCAGAUAAAAAGGAACUGCUCUGACCAUUAAAGAUCCUUCAGAGGCCA